CAGCUACAACAGCAGCAACAACAACUGCUGCAGCAGCAACAACAACAGCUACAGCAGCAGCAAUUACAACAGCUACAGCAGCAGCAACAACAACAGCUACAACAGCAGCAACAACAACAGCUACAACAGCAGCAACAACAACAGCUACAGCAGCAGCAACAACAACAGCUACAACAGCAGCAACAACAACAGCUACAGCAGCAGCAACAGCAACAGCUACAGCAGCAGCAACAACAACAGCUACAACAGCAGCAACAACAACAGCUACAGCAGCAGCAACAACAGCUACAGCAACAACAACAGCUACAACAGCAGCAGGCAUCAAUAAGAUGUUAA